UCGGAAAACUUAAGCGUCUACACAACGUUGAAGCGAUGAGUCAGACCGAGGAAGAUGAUGAUAACUGCAGUAGUGAAGUGCAGAAAGACUCAAUAAUUUUAUUUCAUUCGAAAACACGGAUGACGAAAACAUGAAUUUUAUGAAGUACUGCUGUCAGCAGCAGAAGAGGAAGGAGAGACGCCGACAUCUUCAGCAGGAUAACGAACCUAUGAUACCUACCUCCGAAUCGCCCAAAAUGACACCAGUGUUGGAUCAUGUAUCAAGAUCGGCAUCAACAUCAGACAGCAUCAAUAGUGCGUAUAUCACAAUGAUAUCUGGUCAGUGUGGAACUCCCCAUCAAGACAUGAUGUUUGCAGUUUUACACAACGACAAAGUGACUCUCCAAAGGCUCAUUGAAAAGGACGAAGCGAUCAAUUCGUGGACAGAUAUUUUUCAGUUUGUCAAUCGUAGUCAAAGAGUUGUUACUCCAAUGGAGUUAGCCUGUAUGCUUGGUUACAUAGAUUUAGUGGAGCUUUUUCUCGACAAUGGCUGUAGUCCAAAUCUCCCUACCACAGCGGGUAGACUUAUCCAUACGAUCAUGGAUACCUUAAAAUCAGAGAAGAUGGACUCUAAAGAAGGGCAAUCAUUGGUGAAGAGAUUAUGCAAUGAAGGUUGUUAUGUGAAUAUAUUUGAUCAGAAUCACAAGACGCCAAUUCUUUUGGCUGCAGAACUUGGAAAUGUUGAGAUACUGAGGACUCUUUUAUCAGUUGUCGACCCAGUGGUAUUAAACCAUGGUGAUGUUCCUAAUGGGUUUACCCCAUUACACAUGUCUGCCAUGAGAGGGGACUUGGACUGUGUGUUAGAAAUACUUAAAUACUGCACUCCCAGCAUGGUGAACAUCACUGACGGUAAAGGUUACACACCUCUGAAGCUUGCCCUGGUUUCAAUGUACAAGAACGUCACAUAUAUGAAUAACUUGAUCAAAGUCUCCAAGAAUGGAACCAACGAAUCCUCACAGCUCCAACACUUAAGACAGCUACAAUAUCAGUCAGUAGGAAUCAUUGAAGCUCUUCUUCUACAUGGUGCUGAAAUAAAUAACCAGACAGACAACUACAAGGAGACAUUAUUAUACCAAGCCCUAGAACUUGUGUGCAAGGACGAGACAUGCGAAAAAUUCAGACACGACAAAUAUAGUCAUACAAUGCAACUGAUCGCAUCAACAAAACUACAAGAUCUGAGCUUGGCGAUAGUAGGAAAUGAAUCUGAGGGUAACAAACAGAAAACUGUGACAGCAUCACCAUAUUCUGGAAUUGUUCGUCUGUUUGUUUUGUACGGAGCAGAUCCAAUUCAAAGCAAGGAUAUUUGGCAACAGAAUUUUGGGAUGUUUGGGAUUAGAGACCAAACCGAAGUGCAACAACUCAUUGAUGAGGUUUUUUAUUUCUGGGAGAACAACAUAAAAGAUGGACCCCCAAAACUAAUUCAUCUAAGCAAACAAGUCAUAAGGACAGCGUUAGCUAGCUGCCAGAACCUUCACAAAAUGGAUGACCUCCCACUUCCGCCGUCCCUCAUUGCAUUCAUCAAACUGCAGUGUCUCUGAUUAAAAUCAAUCAAAUCUGCAUGCAUAGUUUUUGAUUCAGAUUGAUCCUACAAUUAUAUAUCAUGAUUUGUUGUGGUUGAGAUUUAAACAGCCUGACUGGGUUUUAAUGUCCUUAAAGUAAUCAUAUUUGUGUUGAAAUCUACCUAUCACAUUUCUUCAUUUGAAUUUGCUCUCGUAUGUUAUAUAUAUAUGUAUUUAUUUAUUUUUCUUGAUGUAAACCAGAUACCUUCCAGAGUUACAGUAAUUGCUGUUGCAUUAUAUUAUCGCAUUUAUUAUGAAUUUAGCUAUCUAAAUUAAAAAUUUUAAU